GGUAAGCUGAUCCUACACUUACCUCAGGUCAGUUCAUACCUUGAGAUGAGGCGGGGGAGUUAGGGUGCAGCAGAUUAUAAAUGCAACAACGUUGUGCCUGGUUCACUACUGCAACCUGCACCUGACUACUACACAUCCAGCACCACUACAGAUAAUAUUCUACCGACACAAAAACCAUGAGCAACAAACAUGUUAUCUUCAAGAAACUUUCCCGUGAUAAGUCGGUUGGGGUGUACAUGGCCAAAAGAGACUUUGUGGAUCACUUUGACUCCAUCGACCCUGUUGAUGGAGUUGUGGUGAUUGACCCUGUACUGAUCAAAGGAAAGAAAGUGUUUGUUAUGCUGUCCUGCACGUUCCGGUAUGGCAGAGACGACAUGGAUGUGAUGGGUGUGGCCUUUCGCAGGGACAUCUUUCUGACCACCCGCCAGGUGUACCCCGAAUUGCAGGACAAGGAGAGAAGCAUACACACCAAGAUACAGGAGAAGUUACUGCGCAAGUUGGGAAACAAUGCCUUCCCUUUUUUCUUUGAGUUCCCAGACAACCUGCCGUGCUCUGUGUGUUUGCAGCCAGCUCCAUCAGAUGUGGGAAAGCGCUGCGCUGUCGAGUUUGAAGUGAAGGUUUUCUGUUCUGACAACCAAGAUGACAAAAUUGAAAAGCGGAGCUCUGUGCGUCUGGCCAUCCGUAAAAUCCAAUACGCUCCAGAGGAUAGAAAAAUCAUCCCAUCUGCGGAGACAACCUUUGAGUUCCUAAUGUCUGACAAACCCCUGCAUAUGCAGGUCAGCCUAGAGAAAGAGACAUAUUACCAUGGUGAACCAAUCAAGGUCAGUGUUGACAUUGACAACAGCUCCAACAGGUCACUGAAAGACAUUACUGUUGCAGUGGAGCAGAUUACCAACGUGGUUCUUUAUUCCAAUGACAAGUAUGUAAAGGCAGUUGCCCUCGAAGAAACCUUAGAUGUAGUGCCCCCUGCCACUAUCCUGAAAAAAGAGUACACUCUUAUUCCUCUACUAGCUGUUAAUAAGGAGAGGCGAGGCAUCGCAUUAGAUGGCAAACUGAAGCAUGAGGACACCAAUCUGGCAUCCUCAAGCAUCGUGAAAGAGGAAGUCCUAAAGGAAGUGCAGGGUAUGCUCGUGUCCUACAAAGUGGUGGUUAGGCUCAAUGCAUCUGGGAUGGUUGGAUCUAGUGAGGUUGCUGUGGAGGUUCCUUUCCGGCUCAUGCAUCCUAAACCGGAAUCAGCUAAGGACUGUGAGGCAGAUGACAUGGUGUUUGAGGAGUUCAAGAGAGUCUACCUUAAAGGGCUCCUACCUGAUGAUGAUGAGUCACCAAACGAGGCGUAAGCAUGCUGUCCAAGUAGGUGGUCCAAGCAGGUGGAAAGCUUAGGACAUUAUAGCAGAAAUGCUGACAUUCAUAGAUAUGCUGAAGAUGAAGAUAUGGGGAAGCGAGAUGUUUUAGGGACUUGUUUUGCUGCAUUGUUCAUUGCUCCAUAUUUGUCAGUUGCUUAUUGUAAAGACCAUGUAUUCAUGACAAAGUCGAAUAAAUAGAUUAAAUGAGACUAUUGUAAAUAGUAUCGCUAUUCAGUAGCCAAAUUAAGAGCCAAUGCCUAUGCUUUACAGAGAGGAUCACUGCAGUGUGUGUGAAGACACAUUUUGUUCAGCCAAGCAGACUGUGUUGAAGUGUAUAUUUGUAAUGACAGGGUUGACCUGUAAGAGACAUUGGUCUCAUGAUUCCAUGUCCAGAAAAAUAAAUACAUAAAAUAUAUCAAUGUU